UAAAAAAAAAUUGAUAUUGCACCACCUAUUUUCACUUUUUAGAAAAUAGGGUUUCAAUGAAAACAUUAUUUUCUCCUCAAAAGCAAAAAGCAUGUAAGAGCUGUAAGCACAGGAAUUUGAAAGCCUAGUUAGAAAAGUUUAUAAAAACAAGAAGAAUUUUAUAACAUCCAAACAUAAAAAGCUGAACCCUUCCAUUGAGAGAUCGAUCCAAAAACCAAACCCCAAGAAAAACAAAAGCUAUGAUCAAAGGGAGAGAUGGAAACAGAGGAUCUUCUUCUUCCUCUGGUUACUCUGCAGAUUUGUUGGUUUGUUUUCCUCCAAGAACCCACUUAGCUCUUACUCCUAAACCCAUCUCUAGCCCAUCUCGUCCCUCUGACUCCUCCAAGCGUCGUCCACACCACCGUCGUCAGCACAGCAAACUCUCCGGCCUCGGAGGAGGAGGACAUGGGAGUCCUGUUUUGUGGGCUAAGCAAGCAAGCCGUAAGAAUAAGGGUGGUGACGAGAUAGAGGAACCCACUUCCCCUAAAGUCACCUGCGCCGGUCAGAUCAAAGUCCGGCCGAGUAAAUGCGGCGGGAAGGGAAAGAACUGGCGAUCCGUGGUGGAGGAGAUCGAGAGGAUACAUAGCAGUAAACCCCAGAGCAAGUUUUUUGGAGUGAAGAAAGAUGUGAUGGGGUUCUUGACUUGUCUGAGGAAUAUCAGAUUCGAUUUCAGGUGUUUUGGUGAUUUCAGACAUGCUGAUGUCACUAGCGACGACGAAGAAGACGAAGAUGACGAUGGAGAAGAAGAAGAAGAUGAGGAGGAGGGGGAAGAGGAGGAUCCGAAGACUGCUUUCUCCAAAUGGUUUAUGGUGUUACAAGAGGAACAGAGUAACAAGGAUAAAGACAACAACAACAAUAAUAAGUGCGUUCUUGAAAACUCAGACGAAGAACCGGCGGUUCCGCCGCGAAACGCGCUUUUGCUGAUGAGGUGUAGAUCUGCUCCAGCGAAGAGUUGGUUAGAAGAGAGAAUGCAAGCGAAAACAGAGCAAGAAAACAGAGAGAAUCAUCAAGAAGAGAAAACAGAGCAAGAAAACAGAGAGAAACAUCAAGAAGAGGAAACAGAGGAUGAAGAAAUGAGGAGUAUGGAGGAUGAUAAGAAGGAUUUGAGAUCACUAGUGGAGGAAGAGAAGAUGGACUUAGUGUUGAUGAGAUACGACACUGAUUAUUACAGACUCUCUUCAGACAUUGCUAAGGAAACUUGGGUUGUCGGAGGAAUUCAAGAUCCUCUGUCUCGGAGUCGAAGCUGGAGAAGCUAAAUUUUUUACCAGAUCUACCGUCACACUCCAUUAAUCAGCGUAUAUUAAAAAUAUGAUUAAGCUUUUUCACUGCCAGUUUGAUUACCUAUUUACUUAAUCAUGAUACUGCUUUUUGGUUUCUUGAGUUGCACGGAUUCUCAUGUCUUGUAUCUCAAAAGGUUUGUUUUUUUUCUUUUCUUUCUUUGUUUCGUGUAUUUCAUCACGAGUAUUGUGAUGUAACGCAAAUAUGUACAUGGAUUUUUGCUUUUACAAAUAUGCUUAAUAGAUUAUUAUUUUUUAA